AUGAAAUUAUUAACUACAUUUUUUAUUCUUUUCCUUCUUAUUAACGUUACAUACGUUAAUGCUUCUUUAAAAUGUGAAUUAUGUCUUGAAGUUGUUAAACUUGUAGAAGAAUACUUGAUUAAUAAUGAAGGCGUUAUUAAUAGAGAUCUUUCUAGUUUAUGUGACAAGCUCAGUGGAAAACUUGCUGCUUUAGAUCAACUUUGUAAAAAUCUUUUGAUUAAUGAGGUUGAUAAUAUAAUACAAGGAAUCAAACAAAGGGAUGAACCAGAGGUUAUUUGCAAAAGAAUCCUAACAACACUUAAAGAUAAAGUUCAACCACAUCAUUUAAGCAUUUGGGAUAGAAUUAUGAAAUUCCUUAAUGGGAUACUUUCAAUAUUUUGUAAACACGGUAAUUUAAAAGACAGAGUUUGUAAUGAAAUAAAGAAAAGUAAUAAUUCUGUUGAUAACGAAGUUUGUGACAAAAUUAAAAAUGAUUUUACACUAGUUACUACAAUGAUAAAACAAAAUUUGACAGUAGAAGAAAUUUGUAAAAACGAAACAUUUUGUUAA